CACAGCCUUGCUCGCCGCGGCGCUCGCUCAGUCUUCCUCCCGCUCCUGCUCCGGCUCCUCCUCCUCCUCCUUCCCUCCCGCCGCCGCUCCCGCAGCCGGCUUCCAGCGGCGGGCGAGCGCGCCUCCCCCUCCGUUCCCUCCCUCCCCCUCCUCUCGCUCUUUGCCGGCUAACUUUCCCGAGCCCCGACCUGCGGCGCAGAGCUCCGGGGCAGCUUGGUGGCCGAAUGCCGACCUCGGGCGGAGAGCGCGGUUGUGCCCAGUGUUCCAUCCCCGCGCCCCUGGCGCGCUCCGGAGAGAACAGGACUAUGCCCGGGGCUGGGGACCGAGGCAAAGCCCCGGCGAGAUGGCUGGGCACUGGGCUUUUGGGUCUCUUCCUGCUCCCCGUAACCCUGUCGCUGGAAGUGUCUGUGGGAAAGGCCACCGACAUCUACGCUGUCAACGGCACGGAGAUCCUGCUGCCCUGCACCUUCUCCAGCUGCUUUGGCUUUGAGGACCUCCACUUCCGGUGGACCUACAACAGCAGUGAUGCGUUCAGGGUUCUUAUAGAGGGAACUGUGAAGAAUGAGAAAUCUGACCCCAAGGUGACGUUGAAAGACGAUGACCGCAUCACUCUGGUGGGCUCUACUAAGGAGAAGAUGAACAACAUUUCUAUUGUGCUGAGGGACCUGGAGUUCAGCGACACGGGCAAAUACACCUGCCAUGUGAAGAACCCCAAGGAGAAUAAUCUCCAGCACCACGCCACCAUCUUUCUCCAAGUCGUUGAUAGACUGGAAGAAGUGGACAACACAGUGACACUCAUCAUCCUGGCUGUCGUGGGCGGGGUCAUCGGGCUCCUCAUCCUCAUCCUGCUGAUCAAGAAACUCAUCAUCUUUAUCCUGAAGAAGACUCGAGAGAAGAAGAAGGAGUGUCUCGUGAGCUCCUCGGGGAAUGACAACACGGAGAACGGCUUGCCUGGCUCCAAGGCAGAGGAGAAACCACCCUCAAAAGUGUGAGCCCUGCUUUCGGCUGGGCAGCUGCAGGGAGCCCCCUUUCUGAUGAUGAAACUGAUGCUUGAGCCCCGUCCGUAGAACCCACGUGCCUGAGACAUCUGCUGCUUGGCUCAAACUGUAGUCUUUCCGGGCACAAGAAACCGGAGUCCUGCCCAGCCUGCCCAUCCCCUUCCCAGUCAGGGCUCCCCAGGGACAAGGGAUGGCCAGUGGAGGGGGUCUGUGGAAGAUUCAAGAGCAAGAAAGGAGAGGCUAGGGUGGUGUGGAGGGGCUGGUCCCCUGACACCUGGGCAGAUGGGAUCUCCUUCGGUCUCCCCACCCUGCACAAGCGGGGCCUUGGUUUUCCUCCAGACUCCUCUUCACAGGGGACUGGGGGGAUCCGUGAAGGCUGUCCUAAGAGCUGGGCCCUGGAGAUGGGGUGUAGGAAGAGGUGGCUUCCUCUGGAGGUGGGAGGGGGCUCGAGGGUUCUGGAAAAGACCUGGGUGGGGGCUGCUGGGGGCGGGCCCACAGUGAGAGCUGCCUUGGCUUCACAGGAUGCCAGACUCCCCCCAGACCCCCAAGUAGGGAACUUCCUUUCCCCUGCCCCAGGACCCUAUGUGCCUAUCCCCUCCCCUGUUCAGAGUUUUUCAGCCCUCCCAACCAGGGCUGGCUGCCUUGGUCUUGAGAGGUCCUGCCCACCUAGCCUGUUCCUCUGCUCUCUGGGUUACUGAGGGGCUGAGGAGGGGCCCCCAUGAGCCUUCCUGCAGCACCUGAGUGCUCCCUAUACCUUUCCUAGUAUUCUACUUGGGGAAUUGGGCCACAGGGGUAGCAAGCCAGUGUCCUGGGUCUCUGGGAUGCCUGCCCCAGCCCUGUCAAAGCUGGCAACCCUUCCCCUGGCAUGGCAGGACCAUGGCCACUCCAGGCACCCCUGAGCCCAGCUCUGCCCUGCUCCUCCCCUUCCCACCUGAGAGGCUGCACCCUCCAACCUCCCAUUGGCUCACUCCUCCCGAGCCGUCCACCACACCUCCGUCUUCCCUGUCCCCAGGGUUGUUCAUUUCCCAGCCCUGGGUCAAGGCCUGCCUUCACCUCAGGAACUCUCUUCCUUUGGAUGAGGGGGUCCUUGGGCUCCCAGCUGCUUCCUGCUCAGCUGGGCCACCCCCUCCCACCCUAGGGUUGGGGAGGAGCAGGGAGUGGGUGCCCACAGUUUUCCUUUGCUUCUCUCAGAGGUGGUUUGCACGCCCCUUGUGUGUGGGGCUAGACUGUGCCUUAGUCCUGAGUCUUAUCCCUUACCCCCACCCCCCUACCCCCGCCCCGUCCCUCUCCAGCCGGUAUGUUCUGACAUAACAGCAGAGCCCGGUGUGGUGCUGGUGAGGGUUCGCCAGCCCUCCCCUCCCCAGGGUCAUAGAGGGGGCCGUGAGGCUGGAACUGGUCAGUGAUUGAAUCUUGGAGACAUUGGCCAGGUGCUCCCACUGGGGUUCCUAGCCUGCCCUAGGGGGAAGUGGUGAUGUUGGAGUGGGAUCUCCUGAUGGAGCCCAUUGUGUGAGUACCUGUGGGGCAGACCUGGUGAGGCCAGGGAUGGCAGGGAAAAGUGACAACAGGCUUCUCUGCCUGUCUGCUUCCAAUCCCUCUCUACUUUACUGAUUUUCUGAUGCCCCGUCCUCUGGGCCCCUAGGAGGGAUGAGAGAGGAGUAGCCCUCUUUUGCAGAGAGUUUGGGGUCUGCCUUAGCUCUCCCUAUCAAAAAGCAGCUGCAAGCCUCUUGAGGGUGGGGGUGGGGUAGUCUGAGGAGCAGUAGCACCUGCGGGGUGCCCGUGGCUGUGGCCAGUGUCCCUUAGCCAACCUGCUGGGCGCACCAGUUCCCCAUCUGAUCUGCCUGUGCUCCUCCCAUUCUUCUCUACCUAGCACCUGUCAUGGGCUGGGAUUCAGAUUUUCCUGGCUUUGGGAGCAGACAAACCAGAGCCACCAGCCAUGCAGAAAACUUACAACUGCCUUCAUGCAAAACUGCUUUCUUCUUCCUUCUCAAUGGCAACAUUUGAAGAGGCAGAGUACCUUGGGGCUCCUCUUUCUGUCUUAAGAGGAUGCCAAGGCCCGUAGAGUGGGGAGAGGAAGGGUACCAUUCUCUCUUUCCUCCCCUGGGUCUGCUGCUGACUUCUAGAUGGGUCAUGUAGAUUUUCUGGGCUCAGCUCUUUCCAUCCAUCAAAUGGGUGUAAUAAUACUUACCUACCUCACAGGACUGUUGUGAGGCUUGGUGAGUUUUGUCUAAAAACAUCUUUUUGGCUUGGAAAGGGAUCUGGGAAGCCAGGUAUUAAUUGGAGGGAUAGCUCCAAGUCUGUCCUGUCUUCAUCUCUGUGUUCCAUCUCUACAACACACACACACACACACACACACACACACACACACACUCUCUCUCUCUCUCUCUCUCUCUCUCUCUCUCUCUCUCCAUCCCACCUCCUUGGAAUUAUUUAGUCUUUGCAAUAUUAGAAACCUUGACUCUGAUGCUUGAAGCGUCUUGUCCAUGGUUCCUGUUUGAUGGCUUUCAAUAGAAGCGAUCGAGAUUGUAGAGGGGGCAUUUUUGGAUGCCCCAGAGCCUGGGGGCACUACUAAGAAGGCUAAACUUAGUCCCCACAACAAAGACUCAUCCUGUCCAAUGCCAACAUUAUUCCCAUGGAGAAACACUGGCAUGGAUUUGCACUAGGUUGUAUAUGGGCAAAGCUGUCUUCCCCAAGUGGACCCUCAGUGCAUGCAAGUCUGACGGUGGUUUCCAGGUCUUGUGGGCUAGAGAGAGCCAUUUACAAAGUGGGUCUUGGGAGAGCUGGGCACAUGCAGCUGCACUGAGAGUGAUGUCAGUGAGACCUAAGACAAAGUGCCGAGCUCCCCAUCAACUACAAAAUACGACGUCAGCUUUCCAGAUUCUGGGCUUCUCCCCAUGUAGGAAUCUAAUAGAAAGCAGCCAGAAUAAACCCCUGAUGCUAGAGAGGCCUGGGGAGAGAGCCGAUGGGGCUCAGACUACAUAUGGCAGGCUAAUCGGAGCCCUUGUGGAGUGAGGGUGUGAGAGCGUGCUUGUGAGAUGGCAGGAGGUGGGGUGUGCUCGUGUGGAGUGUGUGUGUGCAGACGCAUGCGUGUGCAGGCAGUGGGGGUGCAUGGCGGUGUGCCUGUGGAGUCGGUGGGCUCUGCAUGGAAGGGGUGAUGUGUGCUGGGGGAGACUCCAGACAUCUCAGGAGCUGUCUUUCUUCAUCUGAGCUGUGCCCGUUGAGGCAUCUGGAGACUGAGAAAGAAUCAAAGACAGAGAAGACCAGCCAUGCUUCUGUGUUCUGUCACUCCAUGACUUCAUCUCACUGUUACAGACAGCUGCCAUCAGAGGGCUGGGGGGAGGGAGUUCUUGGAGGGGGGACUUCUGGGGAAAAUCCUAUAGCUUGCUUGACUUUACUUUGUCCCAGGUUGGGGUCCCUACCCUUCCACCUCCCACCUGGUAUGCAGUGCUUUUGACUAUCUUAUGCAUGGUUUAUUCCUCUGGCUUGGAUGACAACAAUACCCAUAGUCAGUUUUCCUAUGUAACUAUAGAUCAAAUGAUGCAGUAACGGGCCUUGGGAGGCCUCAGGUGUGCAAGUGCCUCUGGGAGGCGCAGAUGUACACACCCAGCACUGACUUGUGUUCAAGCACGAGAUGGAUGUAAUCAGAUUGUCUGGCCUCUACAACAGGUUUUGCAUUGUAGAAUUGUAUUUAGCUUUGCCUUGGAUGAAAUAAAAAUUAUGUUUAAUAAUUUGGGA